AAUAUACAAAGGAAGAAAUUGAAUAUCCUGAUCCUAUUAAUUUCAAUGCUAUUCUUGGCAUGGAUGAUGAAAAAUAUCAAAAUUCUAAGAUUAUCCUAGAAAAUCUUCAGUUAACAACUUUAUUAAGCAUGUCAACUUUGUAUGAAAAAAAUUUCCGUGAUAAGCAUAAAUUUGUAAUAUAUGUUCAUAAUAUAUUGGAUCAGUUAACAGAAACAAUUUCAUGUAUGCUCAAAGCAUACCCUUUUUAUUGGGCUAUGACAUCAAUUAAUUUAUUCCAAUACUUUGUACACAGUUAUCGCUUUAUUGAAGCCAGAAAUCAUAUGAUUGCCGCGGAGUACAUGAUGAAAAUGUUUCAUGAACAAGUAAUUGAACCAUUAAGUAAUGAAGAGAUUGAUGCAGAAUUAUAUUCACUUUUACAAAAACUGGAUAAUAUUGGAUAUAACAAUGUUAAUAAAUUCUGGGGGAUAUAUGGAGCUGAACUUUUAACUGCAUCAACAAAUAAAUUAUUACAUAUAGAAGAGAAUAAUGAGCCAAGCGAGACAGAUAAUUCAAAAUCAGAAUCAGUUAUGAAAUCUAAGGACUUAACAAAAUUACUAAUAUUUAGUGAUGAAAGAAAGGACUUUGAAGGUUUUGCUGCUCAUUUUCCAGAUGAGUGUGUGUCAAAUUUAAAUGAUGCCAAAUCAAUUUUCGUGAAUGUUUUGAAAUGUUUUGAUACAGUAAAGAAAUAUUUUACCAUAAAAGAGUAUCCUACAGACUUUCUAGAUAUAUCAAUAGCAACUUCCAAAGUAUAUAAAUGUUUAGCAACUUUUGAACAAGAUAAAAGCAGACAAAUUAAAUUACACAAACGGCGAGCAGAAACUUUGAGAAAUAUUUCUAGUGAACUCGAAAAUAUAUGUCGUGAAAAAUUAAGGUCCCCUUUAUUCUUCUUCCCAAUACGAAAACUUCUGAUUGAGGAUUUAAUAUGUGACAUGACUAUCUUGGAUAUUAAAACCGCUCAUUUACAGUUAAAUGUAGAAAGGCUAAAUAGAGAAUUUACUGAUGAAAUAAAAUUAAGUAAUGAAGAAUCAAUAACGAAUAUAAUACAACUGUUUGAAUGUGCUUUAGAAAGUUUUGAUGUUUUUUUUAAUGCGUAUAAUUAAUCUACGAUUUUAAUUAAUUAUCUAAGGUUUAUAUAUAUAUA